GUUGCUCCGAUCAGUCGUGUGUCGCUUCAAUACAGAAAACGACUUCGAGGAAAAAAAAAAAACAAAGUAAAAAAACGCAAAAAAGAAGUAGAAAAAAAAGAACGCGGCGGCGGCGUUUGGCAAGAUCAAGUUUCGAAAAACAAAGAAGAACAAGCUAAUAAUCUAAACAACCAAAAAGAAGUAAAUUUAAAUUGUGUUCGUGGUUCGUGUUGUCGUUGUGCUAAAUACUUAAGAAAAUAACUCACGAAAUUCCGAAUUUUUCGUUCGAAACGAAGACUAACGGAUAUAUACAUAUAUAUAUAUAGAGAAAUAACGGUAUUGAAAAUUAGCAACGGCAACAUGUUGCUGCCGUCGCUAGUGAUGCUGCUGCUGAUGCGCUUGACCAUGGCACAAUUGCUGAAUCAUCCGCCACAAUUUGUACCCGGCACUGGAGACAUGUCGCGGUUCAGCCUCUCGGAGCAUACACCAGUUGGGAGUCCCGUCUAUCAGUUGAAAGGCAUAGACCCAGAGGGAGGCCGUCUCAAGUACAGCAUAUCUGGGCCAGUAUUCUCAGUGGAUCGAGAGACGGGUGUGGUGCGCUUGCGUCAGGAAUUGGAUCGCGAAUCGCAAGACACUGUCGAGGUGAUUAUCAGCAUUACCGAUGAGGGUGUCUAUGGCACUGAGCCGAAUACCGUGUCCCAACGUCGUGAGAUUCCUGUUCGAGACUACAAUGAUAAUCAGCCGACAUUCUUUGGCAGACCGUAUACGGUUCAGGUUAGCGAGUCGCUGCCCGUUGGUUCUGAUUUGACGAUUGAGCCACCCAUAAUAGUUAUCGAUCGGGAUGAGGGUAUCAAUGCCGAAGUUCAAAUGAAAUGUGUUGAGGAAAACGACAUUUGCGACAUCUUUGAAGUGCGUGCAGUGAAACUGGCUCAGGGUAACUAUACGGCCCGUGUGGCCCUUAAAAAGCCGCUGGAUUUUGAGAGUCGCCCCUCCUAUAUAAUGACCAUAUCCGCUUCGGACAGUGCGUUAGAGAAUCGUCUGACAUCUUUUGCUACUGUCUCAAUCAAUGUAAUCGAUAUACAGGAUCAACCGCCGGUCUUCACAAAUGCCCCAUACUCGGCCACUGUCCCGGAGAAUACGCCAGCGGGUGUUAGUAUACUCACAGUGAAGGCCAUUGAUGGCGAUGUGGCGAUACCCAGAGAUAUUUUCCUCUCACUGGAAGAUGAACCAUUCGGACACUUUGAUUUGGUGCCAUUUGGCGAUCCCAAAGACGGUACAGCAAUCCUGCAAACAACUGGCGAGCCGCUAGAUCGUGAAAAUCCAGAAAUACUACAAAACGGUGGUGUCUAUGUCUUCUCCAUACGAGCCACAGAGUUGAUUGAUGGAGCUAUACCGGCUGAACAUACAAUAACCCGAGUAACAAUCGUCGUUACCGAUGUCGAUGAUCAUAAUCCCACAUUUAGUGCCUCCCAUUUCAAUGUCUCGAUUACGGAGAAUCUGGCCAAUGGCAUGCCAUUGCCAGGACUUUCGAUAUUUGUGGACGACCGUGAUAUGGGCGAGAAUAGCCGUUAUCACUUGGCCUUGCGGGAUGUCUCUAAUUCGGCCGGGGUCUUUGGCAUAUCACCCACAGAGGCUCAAGGUCGCACACCCGUGGUGGUGAGGGUAUUGAAUUCCAGUCGCCUGGACUACGAUGUUUCUGUGCCAGAUCAACGCAAAUUCGAAUUUGAUCUUGUGGCCCUCGUCCAUGGCGUGGAAAAAGCCAAAGCCCGUGUGGAAAUUCAUUUACUAGAUGCUAAUGACAAUGCUCCGAUUUUUGCUAAGCCCGCUGGAUAUCGUUUUAAUGCCUCUGAGAAUUUGCCGGUGGAUGCUUUAAUUGGUCAUGUGAGUGCCUCAGAUGCCGAUGAUGGUGCAUUCGGACACGUCCAUUAUGUACUAAAGGGCUUUGGGGCCGACAACUUCUAUGUGGAUCCCGAAUCCGGAGGGCUCUAUCUACACAAAACAUUGGACUAUGAGAAGCAAAGCAGUUACAGCCUAACUGUGGUGGCCAUCGAUGGCGGUGGACGCGAAUCGAAUGCCAAUCUCUUUAUCGAUGUCAUCGAUGUCAAUGACAAUUAUCCCAUAUUCGAGAGCAACGAGUACAGUCGCACCAUAAGGGAGGGCGCAUCCAUCUUUGAGCCACAGUUCAUUGUACGUGCCCGCGAUGCAGAUGGUCCCAGUCAAGGUAACGGCAGGGUCAAGUACGACAUUGUUUCCGAGAAUAGCAUAGCCGGCAAUGUGUUUCGCAUUGAGCCCGAAACGGGUGAGAUUAUCAUCCAAAAGGCAGCCAGAUCAAUGGACACGGAGCGUGGCGAAUACGAAAUUGUGGUUUCGGCCACAGACUUUGGCAUUCCACCGCUGACCAAUUCCACCAGAGUUCUUGUUCGCGUUGGCAUUUCGGGCAAUCAGCGACCCAUCUUUAAGGGUCACUUCCAAAAUGUUGAGAAUUUACCCAUCAUUGGACCGCCUAGUUAUCGCGUUUCCAUACCCGAGAAUGCCCCAUCUGGAUUCAAUGUGACCACAGUCUCUGCCCAUGAUCCUGAUGGCUUGGAUAGUCUGUUGCGGUAUCGCAUUGUUGGAGCCAACGAUAAUUUCCAAAUCAAUGAACUAUCCGGCUUGAUCACCGUCUCACCACAGGCUCGCAUUGAUCGUGACUCGAAUAUGAAUAGUUUUGAGAUCAUUGUCAAUGCUGUCGAUUCGGGUAUUCCCAUUCCAGAGACAGCCACCACUACAGUUUAUGUGAACGUCAAGGACAUUAAUGAUGAGAGACCCAAAUUCGAGCAGGCCAACUAUGCGGCUUACGUCUCGGAACGGACGGCAAUUGGUGAGAGUGUGCUGCGUGUGAAGGCCAUCGAUAAGGAUUUGAAUUCCCGCCUGGAGUACAGUCUGCAGGGCGUGGUCAAGGCCACCACCAAGGCGGGCGUUAGCAUAGCCAAUCGUAGUAACUAUCGCGCCCAGGAAGCCUUCCGCAUCGAUCAAGAGAGCGGUGAGAUAUUUGUAAAUAGCACACUGCGUCAUGAUGUGGCUGCCAUCAUUAUCUUUACGGUGGCUGUACGCGAUUUGAAUGCUGAAGUGGAUCCCGAGGGUCAGGUGGAUACCACCGAGGUGACCGUUUAUGUGCAAUCGUUCCAAGAUACCAAUCCCAUAUUCAAGAAUCCCGGUUGGACAAGCUCUCGACCUGUUGUAGAUAUCAAAAUCAAAGAGGAAAUGCCCAUCGAUAGCGCCUUGUUCAUAUUGCAAGCCGAGGAUCCGGUUACACGUCAGCCAAUUACCAGCUUCGAAUUGAUUGAGCCCAAGGAACUGGAAUAUUUCCAGAUUUCAGAACGCACUGGUGAGGUUAUACUAAAGAAACGCCUGGACUACGAGGCUCUGGCAGAGAGUGGAACCGGCCCGGAAUUCGAGCUCCAAGUGCGUGCCAAUAGUGCGGAUCGCCAGCGAUCAACCAUUAGUCGAAUCAAUAUAACCGUGGAGAAUGUGAACGACAAUAGUCCGAUAUUCGAUCAAAAUUCGUAUCAUGCCACAAUCGUUGAGAACAAGUCAUAUCCGGAGCGUGUGGUUCGGGUUAUGGCCCGGGAUAAGGAUGCUGUGCUCACGGCGCGCGAUGAGAGACUCGGUUAUCAUAAGAUCAUCUAUUCCCUGCAAGGCGAAUAUGCUAUGCUGUUCGAGAUUAAUAAUCUCACCGGUGAAGUCGUUGUGGCCCGCCAUCAACAAAUCGAUCGGGAACGUACACCGCACAUACGACUCCAGGUAAAGGCUGAGGAUUCGCCCGGCAAGCCCACAGAUGCCAAACAAAGUGUGGUUGAAUUGCUGAUCGAUGUCCUUGAUGUCAAUGAUAAUGCACCGGAGUUUGUGCAGAAAAAAUAUAGCACAGUCAUUCCAGAGAAUGCACCGAUAGAUGCAUUUGUCCUGCAACUAGAGGCCGUAGAUCCAGAUGAGGGACCCGGCGGGGAAGUGCGUUACGAGUUGGUUAACGAGGGUGAAGCCAAUGGCCUGUUCAAGAUCAAUCCUCAGAGCGGUUUACUCUCGACACGUCGCAAUUUGACAGGCAAAGGACGUGCCGAACCGUAUGUCUUGAUUGUCCGUGCCCAGGAUAAUGGCAGUCAGGUGCCGAAACAGCCAACUCUCUCCACAGAUAUUGAUGUCAUCAUUUUCAUUGGCGAUGUGAGUGCCAACGAUGGGGUUCCCUACUUUGUUGCUCCACGUGUGGGCCAAAUGGCCAAUGUAUCAGAGAAUGCUGCCAGUGGGUCGCCCGUCUUUCAGGUGAUUGCCCGUGAUCCAGAUGAUGAGAAUACGCCAUCGGGUAGCAUAACCUAUCGCAUAUUGCCGGACACUCUAGAUGCUGAGGCUUUUACCAUAGAUGCCCACACAGGGCUAAUAACCACCAGACAGGUCUUGGAUCGUGAGAAAAAGAACAUGUACAAAAUUCUUCUCGAGGUCAGUGACAAUGGACAACCGAAACAGUCGGUAACACGAGUUCUACAGAUUUUGGUCCUCGAUAUGGAUGAUCAUGAGCCCCGAUUCGCCCGAGAGAUUGAUGAGGGUCCCUUGGUCAUGUUGGUGAAGGAAGAGGAACCAGCUGGCACAAUAGUUGGCAACUUCAGUGCCAUUGACGAGGACAUGGGCGAGAAUGCGGCCAUUGAUUAUGUAAUUAUUGAGGGUAACAAUGAGCAGAUUUUCACUAUCGAACGAACAAAUGAAAGUCUAGCUAUAUUGAAGACCACCCAACCCAUUGAUCGUGAGCUAGUCGAGUCAUAUGGCUUGACAAUUAAGUGUCUGAAAUUGGGUGAGCCUGGCUACAAGUUCAUAGGCGAUGUCUAUGAUCGUCAGGAUCCUUCGCAUCUUCGUGUGACCGUCAAAGUCCUGGAUAUCGAUGACAAUUUGCCCGAAUUUGAACAGAAAGAUCCGACGGUGGGCAUACGCAUUAAUGUGCCCAUCGACACAGUGGUCACCACACUGCGAGCCCGAGAUGCUGAUGCCGAGGCGCCGCCCAUUUCGCUGGCCAUUGAGAAUGUCACAUUUGUGCCACAAUUCUAUAAGCGAAGUCGUCAAUUGGCCACCGGAAAUCUGCAGGGUCUCUUUACUCUCAAUAACCAUACAGGUGAAUUACGCACCGGUGGCUCCUUUGCCGACUAUGUGGACGGUUAUUUCCUGAUGCAAGUGAAAGCAAACAAUUCUCAAAAAUCGAAACGUCAGACCUUUAGCAAUUUAAAGAUCUUUGUCAUCAGAGAUAAAUCUCUGCUGAAAUUUGUCUUUGCUCGCCCACCGAAUGAGAUUCAGCACAACAUACGACCCUUCCAGGAGCAAUUGCAAAAGAAAUUGAAACCUCUGGGCCUGGAACUGCAUGUGCUGGACACACAGGUCUUCACACGGCCCGACAUGAGUCUGGAUUUCACAUCGACUAGUUCCUGCUUUCAAAUGUUUAGCAAUGGGGCUGCUUUGUCAUUGAAUGAAAUGCAACGUUUGAUGAAUUCACAGCAAUUGCGUCAGGAAUUGAUUGAUAUCUAUGCUGCUUAUGGAGUGAGUGAGGUGGAAUCAUGUUCGAUCCGUAGAACGCAUACAGCAGCAAUAUUUGCUGGCAUGUUAACGUCAGCCGGUGCCUGGCUAGUCAUAUUGGCGGCCCUCAUAGGACUGGCCGCCCUCGUGUCCCUCUGCACGGCGUGUUGUCUAAAGAAGAAAUUGAAAAGGCAUAGUAAACGCAGUUUACAGGCGAGUCUGCGAACACCUACAGAGCAUACGCCAACAUCCUAUAGCUAUACCAUGCCGGCUGUUCUCUAUUCGGAGCCCAUCUAUGGACCAUUGUAGCCGCAGCUAAUAUUCUGCACAAGUAGAUAGAUAUAGAUAGAUAGAUUGAUAGAGAUCUACAUGUAAAUAGUAGUAGAUCAAGCCAAACAAGUCCAUAUAUAAGUUAUCGUGAUCUAGUUUAGGAUUGUGUGUGUAUAUAUAGUCUAGCCUUAAAUCCGAGUUCGAGUCAUUUCGUUUGUGUCAUUCAUUCGAGUAGUUAGACCAAGCAAUUUGCAUUUAUAUAAAAAAUAGUUUUUUUUUUCUCGAUAUAUGAAAACUCUUAUAUAUAUGUAUUUUUUACAAUAUUUAUCUUAUCGUUCAUUUAUUUGCCUUUAGCAUGUCGAACAAGUGCAAAAUAAAUAUUACCUAAAAAAUAAAACUCAAUUUUAUCCUCCUCUAGCCCAGAGGCUAACUUUGGUUCGCGUGUUGCCUAAAAAAACCAAACACAUAUUCUACCUACUCUACAUAUAUGUAUAUGUAUUU